AACCCUUCAAAACAAAAAACUGAAGCGACAAAAAAAUCGUCUUAAAAAUCAUUAUUGUGUAACAAUGUCUAGCCAAAGUCCUGCCUUAAUAAGCAACGAAUCACGUUGCGUGCUUUUUAAUACCAGCCCUGAAGAUUAUCGAUGCGAGCUGAUUUUAUCAGUAAAACGAGCGGCUGGAACCUUCUCCUUAAUAGGAUGCCUCUUCAUGCUGUUUGUGAUCUGGCUGCUGCGCCGGCAUCACUCCCUGGCCCAGAAGAUGAUUUUAAGCCUGACUGUGGCAGCCUUCUUCGACAGCACAGCGUAUGUCAUGGGUGAAACCCAUCCGCAGGGAUCUCUUUGUGACUUCCAAGCCUGGUGGCUGACUUACUUUGACUGGAGCGCGCUGCUCUGGGUCUGCCUCAUCACGCUGAACCUGUACCUGAACCUGGUCCGGGAGACGAGCACGGACCGCUACGAGAGGCUCUACCACCUGACGGCGUGGGGGGGGCCGCUGGUCAUGGCGACGGCCCCGCUGAUCUGGGGUUACUACGGCCCUGCGGGGGCCUGGUGCUGGAUCACAGACGAUCACGUAGCCUGGAGAUUUGGGAUCCGCCAUCGGCCACUAAACGAGGCCGCGCCGCCUCCAUCAGCGCGGCCCGCAGGGACGCGGCGCUGCGAGGAUCAGGGAAUCUUCAUUAGCUCUAAUUACAUCAAACCAGACACCAGAUUAGAGGGGGAGGGGGGGGGGGGGUCGCCGGGGAGACGCGUGCAGGCAGUGGAGGUGGGGGUGGGGGGGGUGAACAUCCUGGGGGUGGAGGCCCGGUUUUACGCUCCGACCACCAUCUUCAUCGACGAGAUCGACUCGGUCUGCGGACGCAGACGGACGUCUGACGAGCACGAAGCGAGCCGGCGGGUCAAGUCUGAGCUGCUGAUCCAGAUGGACGGUGUGGGCGGGGCCCUGGAGAACGACGACCCCUCCAAGAUGGUGAUGGUCCUCGCCGCCACCAACUUCCCCUGGGACAUCGACGAGGCGCUGCGGCGGCGGCUGGAGAAGAGGAUCUACAUCCCCCUGCCCACAGCCGUGGGCCGGGUGGAGCUGCUGAAGAUCAACCUGAGGGAGGUGGAGCUGAUGCCCGACGUGGACCUGGACCUCAUCGCUGACAAGAUCGACGGAUACUCCGGAGCCGACAUCACCAACGUCUGCAGAGACGCCUCCAUGAUGGCCAUGCGGCGGAGGAUCCAGGGCCUGAGCCCCGAGGAGAUCCGGGCUCUGUCCAAGGACGAGCUGCAGAUGCCCGUCACCCGCGAGGACUUCACGCUCACGCUCAAGAAGAUCUCCAAGUCCGUGUCCGCCGCAGACCUGCAGAAGUACGAGGCCUGGAUGGAGGAGUUCGGCUCCGUGUAG